UCUCAAAUAUCUCUUUCACAAUUCACUUCAAAAACAACCUCAAACUACUUCUUCAUAUUAAUAACCACUACUCUCUCUCUCUAAUGAGGAAACCUGAUAUGAUCAUGGCAAAAGAACACAACAACGUUAACAAGAACAAACUAAGGAAAGGUCUAUGGUCACCCGAGGAAGAUGAGAAGUUGAUAAGGUACAUGAUAACUAAAGGACAAGGCUGUUGGAGUGACAUUGCUAGAAAUGCUGGUCUUCAAAGAUGCGGCAAAAGUUGUCGUCUUCGUUGGAUUAAUUACUUGAGACCCGAUCUUAAGCGCGGCGCGUUUUCGCCACAAGAAGAAGAACUCAUCAUUCAUUUCCACUCCAUUCUUGGCAACAGAUGGUCUCAGAUCGCGGCGCGUCUCCCUGGUCGCACUGACAAUGAAAUAAAGAAUUUUUGGAAUUCUACGUUGAAGAAGAGAUUGAAAAACAACACUCCAUCUCCAAACAAUAGUGAUUUAUCGGAACAACUCAUAGAUAAUGUUUUUGAUGUGAAAAACGAUAUGAUGAUGCCGAUAAAUGAACAAGAACUCAUGACAUUGUGCAUGGAUUCAUCCUCAUCAACUUCAUCAUCAUCCAUGCAAUCCAUGCAGAUGCAUGCCAUGGUUUUAGCCGAACAAUUUGAUCCAUUUUCAUUGCUGUCGAGUAAUCGUUAUGACAUGAUGACAAGUUUUCAUGCUCAUGCUCAUCAUGACAUGCCAACAUGCUUAACACAAGUUGGUAACAUGGUUGAUGAUAUUGGGCUUCAUAGUGAUGAUUAUGGGAUUUUGGAGGAUAAUAAAAUGGGGUUAUUAGAAAAUGAUUUUGAACUUCCUCCACUAGAAAGUAGAAUUAGCAUUGAAGACAAGAGUGUCCCAAUUGAUGAUGAUCUUAGUAUGAAAAGCCAUAUCAACCACUUCAAUAAUAGUUGCUUCAAUAACACUAAUCACAUUCAAAACUCUAAUGUAGAGGACUUGUUUGGAUUUGGAAAUCAUGGCCAAGGAGAAAACUUAAGAAUGGGAGAAUGGGAUAUGGAGGGUUUAAUGCAAGACAUAUCCUAUUUUCCUCCUCUUGAUUUUCAAGUUUAAUUCAGUGGAAUUCCCAAUUCUUUUCUCCAUCUCUCUCCCUCUUUAAAUCAGAUCGAUCCUCUACGGUUGUCUUUACAUUAAAGUCGAUAAUAGACCAAUUUCUCUCUCUAAAUCUAAUGGUUUAUAAUCAGCCGCACCAUAAAACUGUCUUAAAAGAGUUAGGUUCUUCGACAAAUAUUUCUUUUUUACAAAAUUUUAAUAUUUGAAUUAAUCUAACAGUCGAUAGGUAAAACUAUCGAAUGUUAGGUUAAUUUAACAAUUAAGAUUUGACUACAAGAAGUAGAUGGGCCAAAGAGUACCGAAUCCUCCAUAUUCUUUAUAUGAUCUCUCUCUUUCUCUCUUACAUUAUCUCUUUCUUUUUACUAUCACCUCAAAAUUUUCUUAGUCUUUCUAUGUCUUUCCCACUUCAUCUUCCUCUCUUUCUAAAGUCUUUUUUGAAUCCAAUUUGCAUAUACACAAAUGCCUUCAAUUAAUACUUAGAAUUUUUUUUGGCACUUAUUCUUUCUUGUCUUUAGUUCUUCAAAGAUUUAAACAACAAACCCUUUUGCUCACUACAUAUAUAUCUUGUCUUGUCACACACAUUGUUUCUAUUCUUGUUUUACAAAAUUGUAACUCAAUUGCAUAUUGUGGUAAUAUACACGGUUUUGCAAUCAAAAUUGUGGUAUUUGUAUAGGGUAGGUUUGAGUUUUUUUUUUUUUUUGCAUUCUUUGUAUACAAUAAUCAAAGGUUCUUAUAUCUUGAAAAGAGAAAUGUGAAUAGUGGUCAUUUAUAGAAAUUGUAUGUAGCAUUGUUUAUAGCAAUAGGAGUAAUGUGGAGUUGCAUGUUUUUAUAUUUUAGUGUAAGGUUUGGAGGUUGUAAUAGAUUCAAUUGUAAACACACAAAUAAAUGUAUUAAAUUUCAAAUUCAUUCACAUUGUCUAUCUCGAAUUACUUUGUAUAAUUAUUCUCUUUAUUAACCCUCAUUAUAUACAAAGGAGAUUGUGAAUUAAGGAGAAUCAGUUACAAACACCUUGGAAACACCUAUAUGACGAUAAAAGAAACCAAAGAUGG